AUGAAUGAACCAGGAGCGAAGGGACCGUGUGAGCUCCCGGUCACCUGUCUCCAUCCCUUCACCCCCUCUCCUCCUCCCUCUCCUCCUCCCUCUCCUCCUCCCUCUCCUCCUCUCCCUCUCCUCCUCCCCUCCUCUCCCUCUUCUCUCCCAUCUCCAGGUAUAGCUCUCUAUCCUUUCCCCACUCCUCCCUCUCCUCACUUUCCUCCUCCCUCUCUUCCUCCCUCUCCUCCUCCCUCUCCUCCUUCCUCUCCUCCUCCCUCUCCUCCUCCCCUCCUCUCCCUCUCCUCCUCCCCUCCUCUCCCUCUUCUCUCCCAUCUCCAGGUCUCUAGCUCUCUAUCCUUUCCCCACUCCUCCCUCUCCUCCUCCCUCUCCUCCUCUUCCUCUCCUCCUCCCCUCCUCUCCCUCUCCUCUCCCAUCUCCAGGUCUGCAGCUCUCUAUCCUUUCCCCACUCCUCCCUCUCCUCCUCCCUCUACUCCUCCCUCUCCUCCUCCCCUCCUCUCCCUCUCCUCCUCCCCUCCUCUCCCUCUCCUCCUCCCCUCCUCUCCCUCUCCUCUCUCCCCCUCCUCUCCCUCUCCUCUUCCAUCUCCAGGGCAUUCCAUCCUCAGCCUCAAUUCUCCUCUCUCCAGGUCUCCAUCCCUUCACCCCUCUCCUCACCCCCUCUCCUCCCCUCCCCCAGUCCUCCCCCUGUUUAUUUACAUACACCCACCCGUGGCCAUGAUUGAGUGUGUUCAGGUGGCCUUGGGGUCGUUCCGCUGA